GGCGCUGUGCUGGGCCCGGCCCGGCGGGCUGCGGAGCGGAGCGGAGCGGUCCGGUUAUGGCGCAGCCCGGCGAGGAGGACAUGGACAGCAACGUCCUGGCCAUCGUCGUCGCUGCCACGGUGUCCACGUCCGUGUUCAUCGUGGCGGUGCUCGUCCUGCUGCUGCUCCUGUACCGCCGGGACCCCACGUGCUGCCAGUUCCUCUGCUCGUGCCGCUUCUUCCAGAGCCCCGGGCCGUGCGACUGCCAACCCCCGUACUUCAGCAGCAACCAGCGGCUGGUGGGACCCCAGUGUAGAGCGACACGGCUGGAGAGCGCUGCUGAGAAUCCUGGCAUGCAGGCAGAGGAGCUGUUCUGCGUCGCGCCGCCCAGCAGUUACCAGCUGCCCUCCUGGGAGCAGCCCCGCCUGCCCAGCUAUGAGAGCGUGCGGAAGAAGGAUCGGCAGCGGGAGAUCCAUCAGAUGAUCGCCGAGAGGUUUGGGCUGUGGGCAGAGCCUUCCCAGGAGCUGCCACCUCCCUAUGAGCAGGCCCUGCGGCACCCUCCAGCUUUCUCAGGAACAGGAAUCAGCUCAGAGGCCAUGGACAGACGUGGUGUGCCAGACCCUUCCCAGGCCACAGUCAGCUACCAAAGUCAGCGAAACACAGCUGUGUAAGACCUCGGCCUGCCCGUGCAACAUCUUCCCUCAUGUCAGUGACAGAAGUGCCUGGGACUUCAUUCCCAUCUGCAGGGAACAGCCAAACCUCAGACCUUCACUCCUAUUUCCAAUCAGCUGAUUGGAGGCAGGCAAGUCGGACCCAAGUGGCAUGGACGUUCAUCCUGGAGCAUGGAAAUAACCACAGAGCUACUCUGUGCGUCGUGCUCUGACUGGAGUGACCAGGGAUGUCUGCUUGCUCUUCCCUUUGCCAAACACAAGGCAGUGGAUCAGCAACAGACCAGCUGCUUUGCUCUGCAUGAGGGGCAAAGCAAAGGUGAAGGUCUGCUCAGCCACUGGAGGCGACUGGUGGAUCACUACCUCUGUGAGGCUGUGGCAGGUACUGCCAAGCAUGCCAGGUAUUUGACCUCUGAUGGUCAUGUUGUGCUACUUCAUCUAUUUCUUAGGAUACAAAACUGUUUAUCAGUGUAUCAGAUACCAAGUGGGAAUCCUGACCUGUUAGUGACAGAAUGAAUCUGCAUCGGAGCAUCGCUGUGUGCUCACAUGGCAACGUUCCUCUGCAGUUUGCAGCAGCUUUAUAUGAACUUCAGGUAGAGAUGUGGAGAAACUUGAGGUUGAAGGGGUUGUGUCACUGGCAGUGCUGUGUGCAAAUACAGACCGCUGAGAUAAACUGCACAACUGGGUGUGCAGCCUGGGAAAGGACUACAGUGUGGGCAAAAUGGCUGGCAGCCUCCAUGGGGAAUGUAAAGCAAAGGUGGAAAUACAUUUCUGAUGCAUUUUACCUUGUCUUCUUUUGCAGAGAAGACAAUCUAUUGAUGCCACUACACUACCAAUUUUGGUAACCUCUUUUCUACUGUAAAGCCAAUGCUUCAAAUUGUUUACAAACCUGUAGAUAAAAUGAGAUCAGUUUGGC